UAAAUUCUAUCAUGUCAUGGCGACCGGAAGUAAUGGUGGUAGGCGUUUCAAGAUGGCGAUGCAGAGGGGAAUGCGGUUUUUGCGCCGGUUAUGGCAGGGGCGAGAAAAUUUACUUGUAACAAGAAGAGUUCCACUAAAGCAACAUAACCUCCUUCAAAACAAUCAGUUAAUGUGGUUUCAGCUUUCAGGAGCCCACACUGAUAUUCAGCAGAACAAGAACAAGGAUUUGGUAUCUAUUUCAGAUGAACCAGACACACUGUACAAGAGACUGGCUGUUUUGGUUAAAGGUCAUGACAAACCUGUGCUAGAUAGUUAUGAAUAUUUCAUGGUGCUUGCUGCUAAAGAACUUGGCCUUUCUGUUGAAAAAGUAGAAGAACCUCCAAAAAAGAUGGAGCGAUUCACACUUCUGAAAUCAGUGCACAUUUAUAAGAAGCACAGAGUUCAAUAUGAAAUAAGGACGCACUAUCGAUAUGUGGAGUUAAAGCACCUAACUGGCAGCACUGCCAAUGUCUACUUGGAAUACAUUCAACGAAACCUACCUGAAGGGGUUGCCAUGGAAGUCAAAAAGACAAGGUUAGAACAACUUCCCGAGCAUAUUCAGAAACCCAUUUGGGACACUCUGCCUCAAGUUGAAGAAACAGCAACUAAGUCACAAGUGCCUGACUUGUAGAGUUUUCUGAUGCUUUAAUGUGAAGUACAAAUGAAAUGUAACAUUGUCCUCAGGUGUGAGAAGUACACUAAUUGUGAAACUGAUUUGUGACAAAAUUAAUAUCAUACACCAUUGUGGUAUCAGUUUGAUCAGACAGUUUAAACUAGUGUACUGAAAAAAAUAUUUUAUAAAUAAUUCUGCCAGUGUUGUUGCUUGUGAUCACUGAAGUUCAUGCCCUUUCUAGUAUUUAAAAAUAUUUCUUUCAAUAGCUUUAUGGCAAUUUAUAUCUGUUUCACUCAUUGACUAAAAUCCUGUUGCUUUGUGUAGUAAGUUGCAAUGCACGUUUGAAUCAAAAGAACUGAUGGAGUUGACUCGCCAAAUCCCUAAUUAUUCAGCAGGCCCUAUCUGGUUGCAAUGUACUGUGCUAAGCUUCAGGAUUUCAGCCAGUGAAAUCAAUGAGUUCCAGAGAAAAAGUGUUAACAAAAUAUUUCCUUUCUAGUAGAAAUCCCAUAUGUAACUUUAAAAGUCUCUCUGAGUUAUCACACUGGUGGAGUCCUGAUAAAGUGGUGUUUAAUCCACAAGAGCUCUGUUUAUUGUGUGAUGAUUUUUUAGUGGUCUAUAAAGGUAUCGCCUGUU